UUUCAAAUUGAAUAUUCGACUAUAAAUCUCCAUAGUUUGGUGUUUACUAUCUGUAGUUCAGAAAUUGACCAUUCUUAUCGAAUCACCCUGUACAGGUCUCUCCAUAAUCUGAGACUUAUCCUUCGUUAUUCUUCAUUUUCAGGCAACGUGUUCGUGAUAGCCGCCAUCUUGUUGGAGCGCAACCUACAAAAUGUCGCCAACUAUUUGAUCCUGUCUCUGGCAGUGGCGGAUCUCCUCGUGGCUUGCCUGGUAAUGCCCCUAGGUGCAGUUUACGAGGUAGGACGACAAUGGACGCUCGGACCCGAACUGUGUGACAUGUGGACGUCCAGCGACGUCCUCUGCUGCACGGCGUCCAUCUUGCAUUUGGUGGCGAUAGCGCUCGAUAGGUACUGGGCAGUAACAAACAUCGACUACAUCCAUCACCGCACGUCAAAACGAAUCGGAAUCAUGAUCUUCAUCAUCUGGUUGGUUUCUUUCUUCGUCUGCAUAGCACCACUGUUAGGCUGGAAGGACCCCAAUUGGGAGGUCCGCCUACGCGACAGCAAAUGCUUGGUCAGCCAGGAUCUGUAUUACCAGAUCUUCGCCACAGCGUCCUCCUUCUAUCUACCACUGAUGGUCAUCCUGAUCCUGUACUGGAGGAUAUUCCAGACUGCCAGGAAGAGGAUCCGCAGGCGGCAGGUUCUAGCAGCAGGAGCACAACAGGAAGCGAAGAAUCCUGCUGCCGGAGGAAUAGCAGGAGGACUGGCAGCUGCUAGCGGUACAGGAGGCAUCGCCGCAGCCGUGGUGACCGUGAUCGGCCGACCUCUGCCGACCAUCUCCGAGACCACCACGGCCUUCACCACCGUCUCCUCGACCAAUAGCAGCCCGGAGAGGCACGCUGCGGCCAAUGGGCUGGAGCCCGAUCCGCCCACGGUCACCGAAGGCAGCGCCACCUAUCGGCCAGCGCAUUAUCCGAUCAAGCGGAAAGCCCGAGACGGGAUGGACUCGAAGAGAGAGAGGAAAGCUGCCAAAACGUUGGCGAUCAUAACAGGGGCCUUCGUGCUAUGCUGGCUACCCUUCUUCAUAGUAGCAGUCCUGCUGCCCAUCGACCCCACCAUCUUCGACAAGUACCUGGUGUCGGUGUGCCUGUGGCUGGGCUACUUCAACUCCACCCUCAAUCCCAUCAUCUACACGAUCUUCAGUCCGGAGUUCAGGCAUGCGUUCAAGAAGUUGCUGUGCGGCAGGAACUACGCAAGGAGGAACCGGCAUUUCGGGAUCAAGAAUCUGCAAUGAUGGCGGGCCAGUGGUCGCUUGCCUUCGGACGGCGAGCCACCGGUCGCUGCCAGGUUAGCUGCCCUCGUAGCUGCUCCGGCAGUGGCUUCCGGCUCCCGGAACGUCACUUUCAAGUGCGACUGAUCCGAAGACAAGAGAUCACGCAAUGA